AUGGCCAAAGGUCAUAAGAAACCUCAAGAAACACAAACUAAGAUGGGAUUACUCAACUUACCUUCUUCAGCAAAAGAUGCCAUUCUUGGUCAAGUUCAGCAUCCUAAGAGUUAUGCUAGAAUUCAACAGAUCGAAGCACCAAAGCCUAAAGCUCAAGACGUUCCCGAGCUUCCUAAAGAGGCUCCACAAUUCGUUAAACCACUGGGUCCUGAAAUCAAAUGCGUUGAAGGAGAUAACGUCUAUCUGGAAGCUCAAGUCACCCCCACAGAUGAUAAUUCUUUAACAUACGAAUGGCAAGUCAAUGGAAGACCUUUGAUGAAAGCACAUCGAUUUGUGCUCUCUCAAGAUUUCGGAUACAUUGCACUCAAUAUCCUUUAUUGUUAUCCCGAGGAUUCUGGCACUUACACUCUGAUUGUCAGAAAUUCUGCUGGUGAAGCUCAAUCAUCUGUUGAUAUCGAUUGCCGUAUUGACGGAUCAGAUUUGGCUGCUUCUUUCCACCCCAACUCUCUUCAGCGCAUUCGCGAGCUAGAGACUCCAGUGCAGAGAGCUGAGCCGACAGCAGAGCAAGAAAAGCAAGCUCCUGCCAUAGUGAAGCCUCUGCCACAGAAAAUUGACACGGUCCAUGAAUCUCAAACCCUUCAUCUAGAAGCUCAAGUCACUCCCAUCGAUGACAACACUCUUAAAUACGAAUGGCUCUACAAUGGAAACCCAUUGAAAGCAUCUUCUCGUUAUCGUAUUCUCAACGAUUUCGGAUUUGUAUCUCUUGAUAUUGAUUACGUCAUAGCUGAGGAUGCUGGAACUUACACACUGGUCGUAUCUAAUGCUUCUGGUCGUGCGGAAACAUCUACUGUGUUUGACGUCGAGCGUCUGAAGACAAUUUUGAGUGAUACUGCUCAUCCUGAAUCUCUUAAACGUAUUAGAGAAAUGGAACAACUUCAACCAGCUAAGCCAAGUGACGAUGAUGCACCACCUGAGCCACCAAUCUUUACUCAACAACUUACCGGCCCUACCGAAGUUCUCAAAGAGGGACAAAGCGUUCAUAUGGAUUGUGUCGUUCAACCAAUCAACGAUCCAUCUCUUGUUAUUGAAUGGUUCUGUGAAUCCAGACCACUGAUGUUUGGAUCUCGCAUUAGAACAAUUCAUGACUUUGGAUAUGUUGGAUUGGAGUUCCUUCACAUUCAUCCUGAGGAUAGUGGAGUCUACAUUUGUAGAGCUACUAAUCGUGCUGGAACGGCUGAAACUAGUUUCAAACUGGAAUGUCGGGCUCGUAGAAACCUUUACCUUGACACUCAACACGAGCAGUCAUGGGUCAAGAUUCAAGAAAUUGAAAACCGUGAAGUUGAGCGUGAAGCUACACCUGAGCUCACUUUCCCUCCACCAACUUUCACUGAGCCUCUUAAGAACGUUGACAGUGCUACUGAAGGCGAAUCUAUCAGAUUGGAAUGCCGACUUAUUCCCGUCAACGACCCAACCCUCAAGGUCAUUUGGACGAAAAAUGGUAAUCCUCUACCAGAGGCUUCAAGAUUCAUGCCCGCUCGUAACUUCGAUUACGUCAAUUUGGACCUUUUAGCUUGUUAUGCAGAGGAUUCUGGUGUUUAUUCUUGCAAGGCUGUUUCCGCUUUUGGUGAAGCUGUGACUACGUGCACUAUCAAAUGCCAACCAACUGAAUCUCUUCUUCUUGGAACACAGCAUGAGCAAUCAUGGAACCGUGUACAAGAAAUCGAAAACAGACGUCCUCUUGAAAAACUUUAUGAAGAGGCUGAGAAAGUACCACCCAAAUUUGUCACUCCUUUGGCUUCAUCCCUUGGUGAAAUUCCUGAGGGUGCGCCUAUUCAUUUGGAAUGCCAAGUUGAACCUACCAACGACAAUCAGCUCACUGUUCAAUGGUAUCAUAAUGGUGCCCCUCUGGCUAACGGACACAGAUUCCGAACAACUCAUGACUUUGGCUAUGUGUCUUUGGAUAUACUGUACGCUUUUGGACAGGAUACUGGAGAAUGGAAAUGUGUUGCUCGUAAUGCUCUUGGGGAAGCCCAAACUGUUACUAACUUCACAAUUCUUCCUCGUGGAGUCAUCUACACUGAUUCUCAGCAUCCUGCCAGUUGGCAGAAAAUCCAAGAACUUGAAGCACCCAAGCCAGGAGCUGCUGAAGUUCCUGAUCUAGAGCACGCUGCUCCUCAGUUUGUGGAGAAAAUGGAUUCGUUGGAAAGAAUUGAAUUCCAACCUGCUCACUUCCAAACUCGUCUUACACCUGUUGAAGAUCCAAGAAUGCGCAUUCAAUGGCUUAAGGAUGGUCAACCAUUACAUAGCAGCAAUCGCUUCAAGUUAACAUCAGAUUUCGGUUAUAUUGCUCUAGAUAUUGCCCAUACUGUCCCCGAAGAUGCAGGAACUUACGCAGUUGUUGCUUCUAAUGAUAAGGGUCAAACUGAAAUCUCAGCUACUUUAUCUGUACGAGCCAACGCUUCUAUCAUCAAUGAUACUCAGCAUGAGCAAUCUUGGCAGAAGAUUCAACAGCUUGAGGCUCCACGCGCCGCUGGUGACGCAGCUCCUGACAUUAAGCAUGGUCCACCUAAAUUCGUUCGUCCAUUGAAUAGCGCUGAUAAUGUAGUCGAAGGCCAACCAACACAUUUCGAAGCUCAAUUCGUUCCUUUCUCUGAUCCAAAUACUGUUGUCCAAUGGUUCUUCAAUGGAAAACCAUUGGCUGCUUCCAGCCGAAAAAUAUUGAGAAAUGACUUCGGUCUGGUAACCCUAGACCUUCAAUAUGUUCUCGGAGAGGAUAAUGGUGAAUACUCUGUGGUCGUCAAGAACAGCGAAGGAGAAGAUCGUACAAGUGGAAAACUUUCUUGUACAACACGCGGAGUUAUUCUUGGAGAUACUCAACAUGCUUCAUCAUGGCAACGUAUUCAAGAGCUGGAAGCUCCUAGAGCAGCUAAUCCAGAAGCAGACGCUCCCGUAUAUGAUAAGCCAACAUUUAUCCAGUCUCUGCAAAGUAUCGAUGAUGUUCCUGAAGGAAGCUUUGCGCUUCUGGAGGCUCGUUUGAUACCUGUGAACGAUCCAUCAUUGUAUGUACAAUGGUUCUUCAAUGAUGCUCCACUUUGCGAAUCGAACUGGAUUGCAACCAAUAACGACUUUGGUUGCGUCAGUCUGAGAAUCGCUCCAGUUCAUGCUCGUCACACUGGAGUUUAUUCUUGCAAGGCUUCCAACAAAGCAGGAGUAGCUGUUUCUAGCGCCAGUAUCAAUGUUCAAGGAAGCGAGGGAAUAAUUUCUGAUUCAACUCAUCCUAACUCUUUGGCGAAAAUCCGAGAAAUAGAAGCCAUCGAUAAGUAUGCUCGUUUGGAAGCUCCAGAACGAGAGUUCACAAAACCACAAUGGAUCCAAGGAUUCCAAAACUUCGACAAUGUAGGUGAAGGAGAAUCUGUUGAGCUUCAUGGUUUAGUUGAGCCAUCUGGAGAUCCAAAUCUCAGAAUCGAAUGGCUCUUCAAUGGCCAGCCUCUGAUGAAUGCUAACCGCUUCCGUCAAGAGUAUGAGUUCGGCAACGUUAUUCUAACCAUUGUUCAUGUGCUUCCUCAUGAUUCUGGAGUAUACACCUGCCGAGCCUACAAUUUAUUGGGAGAGGCUGUUACUAGCGCUAGUGUCAAAAUUCAAGGAUACGAACGAAUUCUAUCCGAUUCUCAGCAUCCUGUUUCAUGGCAACGUAUUCAAGAGCUUGAAGCUCCCAAACAAGUUGAAGAAAUUGAAGAGGUUAUCCAACGCGAGAAACCUGUGUUCCUCACCCAGCUGGAGUCUGUUGAUAAUGCUCCUGAGGGAACACCAGUUCAUUUGGAAGCAACAUUCCAACCAGCUAGAGAUCCCAAGCUAAAGGUAUCAUGGCAGAAGAAUGGACAAAAACUUGGAGCUUCGCAACUUGUUCAAACUAGACAUGAAUUGGGUUGGGCAACACUGGAUAUCCUUUCUGUGAACGAAGAUCAUAACGGAAUUUACACUCUUACAAUUUCCAACGAAGAGGGAGAAGCACUUAGUACUGCUUCCAUUAAAGUUGAAGGCUCUGGACCAGUUCACAGCAGUACUCGCCAUGAAGAAUCCUGGAGAAGAAUUCAAGAACUUGAAGCUCCACGUCAAAAAACUCCUGACGAGCUUCCAGCAGUGUAUGAAACACCAGCCAUCGUUGCUCAGAUUUCUGAUCAAGAGUGUAAUGAAGGAGAUCAUGUACACUUCGAAGCACAAGUUACACCCAUCAACGAUCCAAAGCUUUUGGUACAAUGGCUUAGAAACGGACAGCCUCUCGGAAAUGGCUCAAAGUAUGCAAUCAGUCAAGAUUUUGGAAUCUGCAUGUUAGAUAUUGCCUAUACUUAUCCAGAAGAUGAAGGCAUCUAUCAACUUCGUGUAGUUAAUGAAGCCGGAGAAGCUGUAACAUCUGCAACCUUGAAAUGCCAUGCAAAGGAUUCUAUUUUGGGAAAUACUCAGCAUGAAGAAUCAUGGAAGCGCAUCCAAGAACUUGAAGCUCCUAAGCCUCAACUCGAGGAAGUUGAUCCAGCUCCUAAAGGACCACCUCGUUUCAUUCAGCCUAUUGUUUCCCCAGGAAAUCUUUUCGAAGGUCAACCUGCACAUUUCGAAGCUACCAUUGAACCAGUUGAUGAUAAUACUAUGGAAAUUCAAUGGCUUCUCAAUGGUUCACCAGUGUCUGCAUCUUCCCGUGUAAAGAUGAUCAACGAUUUCGGAUGGAUCAUUUUGGAUAUUAACCAAACUGAAACUCGCGAUUCGGGAGAAUGGAAAUGUAUCGCUAAAAAUGCAGCUGGACAAGCAGAAGCAACCACUCAGCUCCAGAUUCAAGGUCGGGAAAACAUUGCCUAUGAUUCUCUCCAACCUCAAUCCCUUGAUCGUAUUCGAGAAAUCGAAUCAGCUAAGCCAGUUGCCCCUGAAGCUGCUGCAACUGUUUACUCAGCACCUCAAAUUGUUCAAGCUCUUGCUGUGCAAGGUGCUGUAGAAGAACAAGGAGCCGCUCAUCUCAUGGCUCAAUACACACCUGCAGAUGAUUCAAGGUUAAAGGUAGAAUGGCUCCGAAACGGACAACCGUUAGGACAUUCUAACCGUUAUCGCCAAGUAUCCGACUUUGGAUUUGCUGUUCUUGAUAUCCUUCAUUUGUUAGCUCAUGACAGUGGAGAGUACACUAUCAGAGUUUACAAUGAUGCUGGUGAGGCAACCAGUUCAGCAAAAAUAGAAGUAGCUCCAAGCAGUGGAUUGAUCCUCCACCCUCAAAACGAACAGAAAGCUCAAGCGGUUGAGCAACUUGAAGCUAACCUUCACCGUCGCCCAGAAGAGCACAUUGAAGAAACUGAAGAGAAGUUACCUGUAUUUAUCGAGCCUUUAUCUGCUCCUGUUGAUUGUGCUGAGAGCGAACGUGUUCAUUUCUCAGCAAGAUAUGAGCCUAUAAAUGACAACAAGCUUCAAAUUCAAUGGUAUCUGGAUGGACGCCCACUGAAGACCGGAAGUAGGGUUAAAGCAAUCAACGAUUUCGGAAUAUGUGUUCUUGAAAUUUCGCCUGUCUAUCCCGAAGAUAGUGGAGAAUACACUUGCCGCGCUAUCAAUAGAGUUGGUGAAGCUGUUACUAGCACUCGCAUCAACUGUUCUCCGAAAGAUACUAUCAUCAGUUCUUCUCAGCUUCCUCAACGCAUGGCAGGAGCUGGUGAUCGUAUUCGUGAGCUUGAAGCACCAAGAGCCCUGGCUCCAGAUGAGGCCCCUGUUGAUCACGGACCACCUAAAUUUACUUCACAAAUAGCCACACCACCAGAACUCACUGAAGGACAACCUAUUCACCUUGAAGCUCAAGUAACUCCUGUUGCUGAUCCUCGUCUGAAGAUUGAAUGGUUCUUGAACGACAAUCCAGUUAAGCAUUCAAAUAGAAUGAAGAUGAUCCACGACUUCGGUUUCGUUGUCCUGGAAAUUUCUCCUGCAGAACCACAAGACACUGGUAAAUGGACUUGCCGAGCAACUAAUGAUAAGGGCUCGGAUCAAGUCUCUACUGAUGUAAAGGUUGUCGGAACAAGUGGUGUGAGCUACGAAUGGCAAACACCUACUGGAGAGCGCAAGGAACGUAUCAACGAAUUGGAAGAUUGGAUUCAUCGUCCUAAGGAAGAACUUAACUUGCCAGCUAUUGACCAUCCUGCUCCAAGCUUCAGCCAACCACUCACUGAUAUGGGAACAAUGAAUGAAGCUGAUGCUACAGCAUUUGUUUGCGUGUUAGAUCCUAUUGGAGAUCCAACUCUACGUGUAGAAUGGCUCCACAACGGUCAUCCAAUUCCAUACUCCAACCGAAUUUCCUGCACAAACGAAUUUGGAGUAGCUACCCUACUUAUCAAGCACCUAAUCACUGCUGAUAGUGGAGAAUACAAGUGUGUAGCUACAAACUCUAAGGGCUCAGCUGAAACAAGCGCCUCUAUCACUGUAGAAUCAACUGUCUUCACUGAAGCUCCAACAAUCAUCCAGCCAUUAGUGGAGAACAUCGAUGGAACAUUGGAAGGAGAUUCUGUGCAUCUCGAAUGCCGUGUCGGACCAAUCAAUGAUCCUCAACUUAAGGUAAUGUGGUUGCGAAAUGGAGCUCCACUUCCAGAAGCUAGCAGAUUCAAGCCAACAUUCGAAUUUGGAUUCGUUUCUUUGGAUAUUCUGUAUGCUUAUCCAGAAGAUAAUGGAGACUACGAAUUAGUAGCAGUAAAUGCUAAAGGAGAAGCACGAACAAAAUCACAUAUCACUGUUCUUUCUCGUCCUUCCCUCGACUACACUUCGCAAGGUGGAAGCAAACUUGAGAACCUAGAGUCUCACUUCCGUCAACAUUCAACUGCUCCUCUUCAACUUCAAUCAGCCGAUGUUUAUGAUGCUAAUGAGCAAAAAGCACCAGAGUUUAAGGUUCCAAUGCAGAACAUUGGAGUUAUGGAAGGACAAUUCUGUCGUUUCGAAACCCAAGUUGCUCCUAUCAACGAUCCUUACUUGAAGAUCGAAUGGUUCAAAGAUAAGAAACCAGUAUUGCUUGGACACAGAUUCAGAAGCACUCUUGACUUUGGAUUUGCUUGUUUGGAUCUCUUGUAUGCCUUACCUGAUGAUACCGGCGAGUAUCAUUGUGUCGCCACCAACAGACAUGGUCAAGCCAUGAUUGCUGCUAAACUUGCUUGCCAAGGAGCUUCACAUGUCAUUACCGAAAGCCAGAUGCCACAAGGCAUGCUUGUUAACUCGGUGAAGAAAGAUAGCAAGAAGCUUCACUGGUCUGCACAACCAGGACAAGAACACCAAGUCCGUCAGAAGCAGAAACCGCAGUUCACUAUCCGUCCACGAAACUUACAGGUUACUGAGAACGAACCUGCACGUUUCGAAUGUGCGGUCAUCGGAAACCCAAGGGCUAAAGUCACUUGGUACAUCAAUGGAAAUCAGGCUCUUCAUGGUCAUCGCUAUAAGCUGACUUAUGACGGUCUUCACUAUUUGACUAUUUCCAACUGUCGCAUCUCUGAUGCUGGAGAAGUCGUCGCUAUUGCCAAAAACACAGAAGGCGAAACUUUGUCUAGCUGUACCUUGGAUAUCUAUCAAAAGAACGACUUCCGUCAAACCAAACUUCGUCCUACUCAGCAUAAAGGAUCUGACGAGCUUAUGGAACGUCAGCAUCGUUGGCAGAAGGAGACUCUUGGAACUUUGGGCGAAGCAUUCGAUGCUGCUCCUAAACCCAAUGCUAUGAAACUCAUGCAUGUUGAGAGAGCCAAAUCACCCAUUGAGCCAAUGGAAACUGAAGAACUUCUUCAAAAGUUCACUAAGCCUAGAGAUGAUCAAUUCUAUGAACAGUUAUCUUAUGUUGAGACAAGCAAGCCUCAGUUCAAGGGACUUGAACUUGAAGCUAUACAGCUUAAGGCUGGUAAAACUACUAAGUACGAACCACCUGUUGAAGAAAUGGAAAAAGUCAGCCUCAAAGCCUCUCAAUCAGCUGAGAAAGAUAAACCUAAGUGGGAGAAGCCCAAGUGGGCUGAUGGAGGUGCUAAGUUGGGCGGAAAUGUUGAACAAAGAUUCAAGAAACUUCCUUCUCCACCUAAAGAGGUUGAAGUUCCUGCUCGUGACCAAAUUAAGCUCAAGACUGCCAAGCCUACUAGAGUAGAACAAGUUAAUGCUGGUGAACAUGUCAAGAUCGCGGAUGACAAAGCCAAGAUCAAGCCUGUGUCUCAAGGACCAGAAAAAGAAAAAGAUGAUGUGAAACCACACAAAGAUCAGGUUCAACUCAAGCAUCAUAUUGUUUAUCAAACUUAUCGAGAACAUCGUGAUGAGCAUCAUUAUGAAGAACAAAGUAACUAUUCUAUGGAUUACCUAACAGUGGAUUCUUCUUCUGAAUCUCAAGUGCAACGAAUGCAUUACCAGUAUUCUCCUAGAGCUCGUGAAAAAACCAUCGGAUUUCACAUAAUACGGCCACAACCUACCAAGAUUGGACAAUCAAAACAAGCUCCACCAACUGUUUCACAACAACUGAAACCUAUUCAAGGAGAACUCGGAAAGCCAGCGAAAUUCUUCGUUGGAUUUGAUGGAGCAUUACCUAUCAAGGUCACAUGGUUGAAGGAUGGAAAAGAGAUUAAGAGCACUUUCCGAACUCAGAUUACUACAACAAACACUGGUUCUACUCUCUCUAUCGGACGUGUUGAGAAUACUCAUAGUGGCGAGUACACAUGCCGUCUCGAGAACGUCGCUGGAACAGUAGAAACUAUGGCUUCUCUCACUGUCUCUGCCGCUAUCGAUAAGGGAUCUGCUCCAGAUUUCAAAAACAAGCUCAACGAUUUGAGAAUAAAUCAAAACGAAUUAGCAGAGUUUGUAUGCUCGAUCAGCGGUGAUCCAAAGCCAACAAUCAACUGGUUCAAGGAUGGACAGCCAUUACCUAAUGACGGUCGUUUCGUGGCCACUGAUGAUGGAAACGGAACAUACAAAUUGACACUCCAACAAACUCUACCUCAAGACUCGGGAAUUUAUGAGUGCGUAUCUAAGAAUACAGCUGGAGAAGCUCGAUGCAAAGCUCGCCUCAACAUUAAUUUAUCGAAAACUGGAAAAGGAGCUGAACAAGGCCCAAGAUACGAAGCUCCAAGAUUCACUUCACAAAUCCAACCCAUCGUGAUUGAUGAAGGAGCAGCCGCUGCUUUCUCGGCCAAAUUCUCAGGAUACCCUGAACCAACUAUCAGAUGGUACAGAAAUAAUGAGCCAAUUAAGAAGAGCUCAGCUUAUCAGGUAUCCCAGACUAACGGAGAAGCUACUCUCAAGAUUUCUGGUGCUCGUCAAGAAGACGUCGCUGAGUAUAAGGUUGAAGCCAGCAAUCCAGCCGGAAAAGCCUCCUCUGUAGCCAACCUGGUUUUAACACCCAAGGCAGGAAGAAUCAACAAGACUGCCACCGGAGGUGCAAGCAAGACUUCUGAUAAGCCAGCGGCUGAUGCUCCACAUUUCGUUGCAAAGCUAACUGACAUUUCCGCUCGCCAAGGUCAUACUGUUAAAUUUGUGUGUGAAGUAGAUGGAGAUCCAGAGCCAACCAUUCAAUGGCAACAUAACGGAAGACAAAUUUACGCUGGUCGUGAUACUAAGAUCUCGAAGAAUGGUAAUCAAGCUGUUCUUGAAUUGGCUCGUGUUAGUCAAGCUAGUAGUGGUGAUUAUACAUGUGUUAUCCGAAAUCCUAAAGGAGCUGCUCAAUGUCAAGCCAAAUUGACUCUCAGUCGAUAA